GUCCGCUCUUCGCUGUACGCAGGCUUCAUUGCGUAUUUAGGACGCUGAACAGUUUUCCUCGGAGCCACCCAGCUUCUUUUUUUCCCCAGUCCAGCUGUUGCAGUGUCGUUACAUCCAUAAAGCGAGGUGCUGCACGUCAAUCCCGCUUCUACCGGUAAAGCUUCGUGACGGCGCCGUCAUCCGGCUGUUACUACCUACCGAACAGCUUCCUAGGCAAUUUCUGAGCACGCGCGCAAGGCGAGGGUGUCAGUGCAGCAUCCAAGUGCGCUUGCAUCUUCAGCUGCUCAGAAGUAGCAAAUCGUACCCUGAGCCUGCAGAGAACGAGGAGUCAAGCCGCCCAACAUGUCUCUCUCGGAGCGCCUCACGACGAUGGAGGAGUACCAGCCAUGGAGUGCGCCUGGCAGUCGCGAAUCUUCGCGCAACCGUAAGAUGUCGUUCAACCCAGUUGGAGCGUGGACCGAAGCUGCGGGUGAGGUGCAGCCGGUUGGCGCAUUCGAGGUCCCAAAGUGGAAGAGAUGUCUGCAGGUAUGUCUUGCCUGCAUCUACUGCCUUCUCGCCGCAGGCGUGGUCUUUGGAUACGCAGCGAUCAAACCGGUAUUGCUAGCCGAAGGCGUGUACAGAGACAAAUGUUCAAAGCAAGAGCGCAAAGAUAAUGUGUAUGUUUGCUACGAGCAAGAAUUGAGACUCAAUCUUAUGUUCACCGUCGCCGCAGUAUCCACGAAUGUCGUCGCUCUGCCCGUUGGCACUAUUUUGGACUGCUAUGGGCCUCGCGUGUCUGGCAUAAUCGGGGCAAUCUCGAUCACCGUCGGUGCUCUGCUAUUCGCAUUCGCAGCAGAGCUCCCCUUUGAUGCGUACAUCCCUGGAUAUUUGUUUCUGGCAUUGGGAGGGCCAUUCGUUUUCAUCUCCUCCUUUCAGCUCAGCAACACCUUCCCGCAGUACUCCGGCCUGAUCCUGGCUCUUCUCACAGGCGCAUUCGACACAUCAAGUGCCAUAUUUUUGUUCUACCGUCUCGCCUACCAGGCUACAGAUGGCGCGUUCACGCCAAAGAAGUUCUUCCUCGGAUAUCUCAUCGUCCCAGCAUAUAUUUUGGCAGUGCAGAUUUUCUUCAUGCCUGCAACCUCGUACAAGACCGUCGGCGAGUUAGUGACCGAGGUCGAAGAUGGGAAUAGCGUACACGACUCGGAUGACGAGAUUGAGGACCAGGCCACAGUCCAGAGCUUGCAAAACGCUCGCCGCAUACACCGAGACAGUAUCGCCAGUGAGAUCACCGCUUUAUUGGGCACCAAAGACGGCGCCAAUCAGGCCAAGGAAGAAGAGAAGAAGCGGAACAAGUCUGGCGUUUGGGGAGCUCUCCACGGACGUACGGCAUCAGAGCAGAUCAGGACCCCUUGGUUCAUCCUAAUCACAUUGUUCACUGUGUUGCAGAUGACAAGGAUCAACUACUUUGUCGCUACCAUUCGCUCGCAGUAUACGUAUAUCUUUCACGACUACUCGAAAGCCGUGGAGAUCAACAACUUUUUCGACGUCGCGCUGCCUGUUGGCGGUAUAAUCUCAAUACCCUUCAUUGGACUCAUCCUGGAUAAUACUAGUACUACAUUUACUCUAUCGCUUCUAGUUGCGAUCGCCACUACGAUCGGUGUUUUGGGAAUCAUACCGGAGACUUGGGCUGCGUACGGCAGCAUCGUUCUGUUUGUUUUGUACAGACCGCUUUACUACACUGCAGUCUCUGACUACUCCGCCAAAGUCUUCGGGUUUGCCACUUUUGGAAAAGUUUACGGAUUGAUCAUCUGCCUCGCCGGCGUUCUCAAUUUCUCUCAAUCUGCCCUCGACGCUGCAACACACAAGGUGUUCAGGAAUGAUCCUGUGCCUAUCAACGUCAUCUUGCUCGGUAUGGCCCUGCUUGUUGGCAUUGCACUCGUGUCAUUCGUGUUCAGGAGAAGCCAUAAGAUCAUGAGAGAGAACAUUGAAGAGGAGGCUGAAGAGGCAAGAGAAAGACUUAUGCCUAGCGUCAGCGUUGGCGUGCAGGACUACGGCGCCCUCACAGCGAAUGACAAUGGAACGAGCGGUGAUGAAGAGAGGAGGGGUCGCACGAUGUAGUCGACGGCGAAAGGGAACAGGGAUGGAAAACAUACCAGCCGUCAGAGCAUGAAGUUUACAUGUUUCGCAACUAACGAACUACUGGGGCGGGCAUUUCCAAUUUGCAAUUAUGCAUUCCGGGUUGCACAGCUACGUGUUUGUGGUCUUCAGCAACUUUGGAAUUUCUUGAUCUUCUCAACAGCAGGUGAGCUUAUACUUUUCGACAUUUUGAUCGACAUCUCUUGAAUAUAAUGACACAGCAGACUGUAUCUAUCGCACCAUGUCGUCUCACAUAGGCCUAGACAGUACAAACGAGAUCAAAAAAGGACGUCUAUAUUGGA